GGUCGGUAGCCAGUCUUUAGCAGUGAGCACAAAGAGCGAGAUCGGUGCAGUUUUCUUAUCGCAAAAGAAAGUCACUUCUAAGCAUUUUAGUUUUGUUUGAACGGUGGAAAAUCUAAGCUUUAUUGAUUUCAGGUGAUGUGAAGUGAAUAAAGUGAUUUCUUUUCCAGUUAACAACUAAGUUUUCAUCGUUGAGUAUCAUUGAACGAAGAACAAAUCGUAAGCAAUGGGCGAGAAACUAUCCCCUUCGAUGGAUUCCGCCGGCUCGAAGAAAAGAUCAUCUCCAGCUGGUUCCACUAAGAAAUCAUCCCCCGAUGUUAAACGAAAAUCUGCUCUACAAUCAAAAGAAGUCAAGCCCCAGAAACUAGUAAAACGCAAAAGCAAGGAGGAAAAGCUGAAUAAUUGGUUUGGCGAGCCUCUGGUCGGUACUGCAUCGGUCCAUGAGCGCCCCCCGCAAAAAUCAGUCCUGGUGACGUACAUUCUGUGGCUGUUUGGCGGCUUCCUGGGACUGCAUCACCUUUAUCUGCACCAGGACCGGCGGGCAUUCGUUUGGUGGUGCACGCUGGGUGGAUAUUUUGGCAUUGGAUGGCUGUCGGAGAGCUAUCAAAUUCCGGCGAUGGUGAGGGAUGCCAAUGAGGACCCCCGGUUUGUGGAAGAAUUCAACGAGAAGCUAAGUAAGAAUGAAAAGCCACCGUUUCAAACGCCGCGAUUCCUGUUCGCCGUCAUGGUGGGAUAUCUAUUCGGUCAAGUGAUUAUGAUCGCAAUACCUCAGGAGGUUUUCGGUGGAGUGGAUUGGAGCUUCCUGCAUUGGUUGAUCCCGCUUGGAGUGGCGAUCGGUGUUUGGACGGUAGGAAACAUGGGUCGUGAAAAAGGUGUGUUUUGGCACUGUUUAGUCGCAUCUUAUGUUGCCUAUCCGCUGCGAUACUUCGUGUUUGACGAAGCAUAUUGGUUUACAAUUAUGGCUGUAUGCUCAGCGUUUGCUUUCGACCAUUUCUCUAAGGAAUGGAAUAAGAAAGUUCCUAAACGCAAAACACUUUUCAAACGUGCCGCCAUUAUCAUCCCCUGUGUGUUGCUGUACCUGUCUCUAUGGGGCUGCUUCUUUUAUUUCAACGGCACCAUCACCGAUUCCGACGGCGAUGAAGUCCCGGUACAUGAAGCGAUUCACAACUUUAUCAAAUCCCCAUGGUGGACGGACUUGAAGCAGACCUUCUCCGAAUUGAUUCAUUUUGCCCAAACCAACGGGUGGGCAGAGGUUUGGAAGCAGCUCAUAGACUCUAUGGAUGCCGACGGAGAACAAAAUUCCUAUAAGGUUCUCGGAGUAAGUCCGACGGCUUCGCAGACCGAAAUCACUUCGGCGUGGCGUAAGCUAUCCCGCGAGCACCAUCCGGAUAAGGUAAAGGACGAAAAAUUACGACUGGCGGCGCAGGAAAAAUUCAUGGAAAUUCAGAGCGCCUAUGAGGUGUUGAGCAAGAUCAAAUCCAAGAGACGGCAGCGGAAUAAGAAGCCUAAUGAUGAUUUGUAAGUGGACGUGUAUGAACUUAAGUUCAAAGUAUUAUUAUCUGACUGACUGAAAUCUGAUUACAAAGAUCUUGUUUCUAUACAAACUGUAAAUAUUCAUGAAUAUUUAAACAACACAAUUCUUUGCAGCUUUGAAUUCUAAAAUAAUAAACUUAGCCCUAUUAGGCAUAAUGUACUAUC